GGCCAAAGAGCACAUGUGGGCGUGGCCUUCAGCCCGCUAGAGUGGAGUCAGCUGAGCGGGCGGGAGAGCGAGCGAGCGGCUGCCCGCUGAGCUGUACCUUGUGUGUGUUUGUGUGGGUAUUAUUGGGGAGAAGGGGGGUGGCGGUGGAGAGAGAAACAGCGCGCUGCCACGGGAGGCUAGAGAGUUUGGGGCUGGGAGCGGCGGAACAUUAUUUCAUUUCGGAACUGCCUUUCGAGAUAAGCUGUGCUAAACACGUUUUUAGUAACUUUCGACACUUACGGGAGGGAAAAAAACACACCAAACAAACAGCAGAAGAAGAUCUGCAAGGAGGAGCAAGCGAGAGAGCGGGCGCUCCCGGGAAACCGUUUUUAGGUAUUUUUAGCAUUGAAUGUUGGAUGUAACUACUUGGACAGAUAUAGAAAACCAAAUGGCUUUAGCAGGCUGUCCAGACUACUUCCUGCAUCAUCCAAACUACCAGGACAGUGUGGAGUCGAGUCAUAGGCCUGCAGACCUGAUUGGUUCUGAUUUCCAACAAUCAUGUAGUCGCAACUCUCCUAGUCAAGAUGAUGAUGUUGACUUAGAAGCUUUAGUGAAUGAUAUGAACUGCUCCUUUGAAAACCUGUAUUCCCCAUGCAACACUCACUCAGAAACAACAUCUCUCAUUCAGAAUGGUCAGUUCAGCCGCAGUCAUCUUCAGAGCACCGGCGUAAACACGGCACAGCCAACUUCCCCAAGACCAAAGGUGUGGCGUUCACAACCUGUUCAUAUUCUUGCAGUAAGAAAGCUUCAAGAGGAGGAGCAACAGCUUCGAACCUCAUCCUUGCCUGCCAUUCCAAAUCCUUUUCCAGAACUUUGUAGCCCAGCAAGCUCUCCUGUACUUUCUCCUGGAUCUUUACCCCAGAACCAUCCUCCUGAUAAAUAUAUUAUCAAAGUUUGCAGUGAGGACGGCAGCAGCAAAGUAGUAGAGAUCACGUCAGAUAUGACAGCACGAGACUUAUGCCAAUUAUUAGUUUAUAAAAGCCACUGUGUUGAUGACAACAGUUGGUCUCUUGUUGAAUAUCAUCCUCAUCUCGGCCUUGAGAGGUGUUUGGAAGACCAUGAGCUUGUGGUUCAAGUCCAGUCCUCAAUGGGAAGUGAAAGUAAAUUUGUGUUCAGGAAGAACUAUGCCAAAUAUGAAUUUUUUAAAAGCCCUAUGAAUUUUUUCCCAGACCACAUGGUAGCUUGGUGCCAAGAAACAAAUGGUGCCAUACCACAGGCGCAGCUACUUCAGAAUCUUUUGAACUCCAGCAGCUGCCCUGAAAUUCAGGGAUUUCUUCACAUUAAAGAUAUGAAUCGAAGGUCCUGGAAGAAGAUUUAUAUCUUUUUAAGAAGAUCUGGAGUAUACCUCUCUACAAAAGGCACGUCUAAGGAGCCAAGACAUUUGCAAUUAAUAGCUGAUCUUGAAGACAGUAACAUCUUUUCUGUGGUAGCUGGGAAGAAGCUAUAUGGUACUCCAACUGACUUUGGCUUCUGUAUUAAGCCUAAUAAAACAAGGAAUGAAUCGAAAGAACUGAGACUUUUAUGUGCUGACGAUGAACAGAGCAGAACUUGCUGGAUGACGGCUUUCAGACUUUUCAAAUAUGGCAUUUUGCUGUAUCAGAACUUCAAAAUUCCCCAGCAAAGAAAGCCAGUACUUUCUCAUUUUUCAACACCAGUGAGAAGUGUAUCUGAAAACUCCUUGGUUGCUAUGGAUUUCUCAGGAAGAAUUGGAAGAGUCAUUGAGAACCCAGUGGAAGCACAAAGUGCAGCCAUGGAGGAAGGGCACGCAUGGAGGAAACGAGGCCAGCGGAUGAACAUGCUUGGUAGCCCCAGUCCCCUUCAUCCAUCUGUACUCAGCUCAGUUAUUCACAGAACUCAGCCAUGGUUUCAUGGACGAAUAGGAAGAGAAGAAUCACACAGGAUUAUCAUUCAACAAGGGCUCGUUGAUGGAAUAUUUUUACUUCGAGACUGUCAGAGUAACCCAAAGGCAUUUGUUCUGACAAUGAGUUACCAUCAAAAAAUUAAACAUUUCCAGAUCUUACCUCAGUGCGAAGAGGAUGGGCAGAUGUUCUUCAGUCUUGAUGAUGGAAAUACCAAAUUUACUGAUCUAAUUCAACUUGUCGAGUUUUACCAGCUUAACAAAGGAGUUCUGCCUUGCAAACUCAAGCACCCCUGUACAACGGUGACCUUAUGACCUUUGACUUCCAAAAAAGACUGAAUAUUGCAGAAGUUGUUCUCCCUGAUAAAUUGCAGAAGAAUAAGUGGAUGAUAGAUCCUUCAGUAUUCUACUGUUCAUCUGCCGCAAGAUUGCCUGUUUUUAAGACACUGAUCAUUACUUCAUCUUGCUGUAAACAGUGUGAGUUUAAAUGAUCGCAGCACAUGUUUACUGAGUGACCCACAAGCUGAAGCAUUUUAUGGAGAAAAAAAAAGUGUAAUUUCUUAUACAAUCAACAACUGGAAGUUACAAGACUGGGCCACUUACAGAAUAAAAAUCAUGAAGAUAAUAGGUCUGUGGAGAUGUUAUCUCCUGGAAUACGUUGACAAUGUUUAUUUGGCUGAUUGUUUACUAAGUCUUUUUUUUCUUCUUUUCUUGUUAGAGUUUUAUUUUUUUGCACUCUUGAACUGAACGUAACUCACAUUACUUCAGUAGUUUUUUCCUUAAUCUGAAGCAUUUGUGAGAAUAACGUCGGACAAACUAGGAAUUUUUUUAUUUUAAUAAUUAAAAAAAAAAAAAAACAAAAACCUGACAAUGUCACAGCUGGGACUAAUCUGUGGGAAUUAAAAUAGCCUAUCCCUGUGCAGUCAUCUUGAGUGUUAAUGGCUAAAGCAGUAGGAAUGACACUGGAGUGAGAACUAUAAGAGAGAAUAACUUGAUAUAAACCUAAUUUAUUUAUUGGGGGGGCAGUGGGGGGUAAAAAUGCAAAGUGAGGGGCAGAACCUUGUGGAUAUUAUAAUGUCUUUGGAUUUAUGCAAGGGGAGUUCCAUUUUUCAAUACCAAGACCUCCAAACUAAUAAGUUUGCAUGUUUUCUAACUGGAAUGAAUGGCCAAAAUGCACAGAUCGUCCAGUUUCAUUAUUUCACUCCUCCUGUUUGUUUCGUUUCUACUUCCACAUGUGAAGAGAGCAUUUCUAAAUGUGGAAUUACCUUGAGUUGCUGCGUAAACAAGGACUCCUUUUGAUUUUGUACUGUAUUUUAAUUGAACUCAACAAUGAAAUAACUUAAGUUCUCUUUGUCCAUUGUGUUUUUAUAAGUAGGGGUUACGUGACACUUUUAUUUUUUGUAAAUAUGCCAUAAAAUUUCAAACACCAUAGAUGUUUGCCUUUGGUUCUACUAACCUGGCACCCUAUAAGCAACCACUACAUUUUAUUAAACAUCUGUUAUCUUAACUCCCUGCCUGUUCCAAAAAUCCAAGCCAUCUGAAUUUAUCAUCUGAGUCACACUCAUUGUAUUUGAAUAAAACUACACAACUGAUUGUGCAUCUUAAUAUAGUUA